GAUUUACCCCAAUCAAACAUACUGUGCUGACAGAACAGAAAACAGCAAAAAACUAUGGAGUAGGAGGGCUUUCAGGGAGUUUGGUUUUGCAAAAAAAUAUUGGUGAUAUAUCUCGGGAAAUCCUACCUACAGCUAGGAAGAUUCAACAGCUGUAAAGAAGAUGAAAGUUUCAGAAGAAGACAUCUGCUGGGAAUGGGAAAACGAUGGACAUAUAUGGUCCAAAUUUUCUUCCACCCUUAACGAUGAGCUCACCUUAGCAUUUAAGUCUGGCUUAAAAAACAUCAAAAUCAUGAUAAAUGAGGCAAAAUUUGACAUUGUCUUUGAACGAAUGGUGCAGCGAAAUUUAAAAACCUUUUGGGAGAGAAGAAUCAGAGCUAAUGUUGAUAGUGGUGAUGGUGGUCUUUCAGGGACCUACCAUUAUCAUAAUGGAAAUACAUGGACGUUACUGCAUCAUUCUGUUCAAAGAUUACUCUUUGCAACUAAAUUAUUUGGCUUAACUGAAGUAACAUAUGCCUUUGGAGGCAAGAAAUACAAUGUAGAUUUAAAUAGCAUGACUCAGACUGACAAUAAAACAAAAAAGAAACAGCUUUUAAAAGAAGAUGUAACAGAUGUUGAUAAAAAUGAUCUGAAUAACAGUAAUAAUAUAAAUGCAGAAUCACAAAAAGAAAACGGAGCUACUGGCAAAGUUAAAGUAGAGGCUACGUCUGACGAGGAGGAAGAACAACCAGCAAAAAAAAUUAAAAAAACUGUGACUGGGAAAAAGACGGCUAAAGACGAGGAUGAAAAGCCAACUGUUAAAUCAUUUUCAUUUACAGGAAAAGUUCCUGUUGACACUGAGUGCCCCGUCAGAGAAAAAUAUCACGUUUAUUUUGAAGGUUUUAACAUAUAUGAUGCUAUGUUGAAUCAAACUAACUUAAAAAACAAUAACAACAAAUUCUUUUUGUUGCAAGUUUUGCAAAACAAUAAAAAUAAUGGGUAUGCUGUUUGGCUUCGUUGGGGUCGUGUUGGCAUGCGGGGACAGACAAAUUUGAUAACCUGUGGCAAUGACUGUGAAGAAGCAAAGGAAAUAUUUUUUAAAAAGUUCUACGACAAAACGAAAAAUGAAUUUGCUGACAGAAAGAAAUUUAAGAAAGUUCAAGGCAAAUAUGAUCUUCUUGCCAUGGAUUAUGGAAACACAAAAACGGAUACAGUGGAUGGUGCUGGUAAACCAAAAAAAGAAAAGAAAGUUCCAGAAUCAAAACUUGAGAAGAAACUGCAGGCUUUGGUGGAGUUAUUAUGCGAUGUUAAGGAAAUGGAAGAAGCCGUCCUUGAAAUGAAGUAUGAUUCAAAGAAAGCCCCACUAGGUAAACUUACGAAAGCGCAAAUUAAAGCUGGUUACAAGGCUCUACAAUUGAUUGAUCGUUGUAUAACAAACCAGAAGACUGGUGACGAAUUAAUAAAAGCUUGUGACGCCUUUUACACGCGUGUCCCGCAUUGCUUUGGCAUGCAGCGGCCGCCAAUUAUACGUACAAGAAAGGAUCUCAAAUUAAAGAUUGAACUGCUAGAAACGUUGGGUGAUAUAGAGAUUGCAAUGAAAGUUAUCAAUGAUGAGUCUAAUAAGAUGUUGAAUCCCAUAGACCAACACUACCUAGCUUUACGCUGCAAGUUAGAAGCUUUAAGUCACGACACUACGGAAUUUGAUGUAGUGAAGAGGUACACGCAAAACACACAUGCGAAAACGCAUAGCCAGUAUACAAUGGAGGUAGUGGAUGUGUUUGAAGUUAUCGAGAGUCCGCACAAUGAAAAUUUCAAAGAUGUUGGCAACACUAUGCUAUUAUGGCAUGGAUCGCGUCUAACAAAUUGGGUGGGCAUCCUCAGUCAAGGUUUGCGCAUUGCUCCUCCAGAAGCUCCUGUGACAGGAUAUAUGUUUGGUAAAGGAAUAUACUUUGCGGAUAUGUCGUCGAAAAGUGCAAAUUAUUGCUAUCCCACGCGAACAAAAAAUACAGGAUUUGUUUUGCUGUGCGAGGUAUCACUUGGUAAAACAAACGAUUUGUUGUCAGCUGAUUUCAACGCAGACAACCUUCCCCCUGGAUGUCAUAGUACGAAAGGGUUAGGAAAGAUUGCGCCUGAUGAGAAAGAAAAUAUAACUUUACCUAAUGGGGUUGUUGUACCACUUGGCAAACAAUCCGAUACGGGUGUUAUAAAUCCCAAUGGAUAUACAUUAAACUACAAUGAAUACGUUGUGUACGAUACAAAACAGGUGCGAUCGAAAUACCUGGUGCAAAUAAAAUUUCACUUCUAGCAGAACAGUAGACCGCCAUACAUGUCUGGCUGACGGACGCAUCACCAUUUAUGAAACACGGGUUUGCGAGUCGAAGAAUAAAACGAGUCGUUUGUGACAGAAACACGUAGUGAACAUUUAGAUUUUUAUGUAAUUAAACUUUUUUCUGUUUUGUUAGAUUAUAAUUUAAGCAGAUGUGGAGGAUAGUGUAAGGAAUCAUGUACACACAAUGCAAUUUUUUCUUUAACAUUACUGUCAACAUGGUG